UUCCUCAAAAAGCACAAGAUAUUCUCUUUAUCACCAAAAGAGUCUAUCAAUUAUAUUUUGCUUGUGGUCCAUCUCAUCUUUAUUUUACUCACCUUAUCACCCCGUAUAUCCUUCAACGGCUGUGGAAAGAAGAUUUCUUGACCCUGAAAAUGAAAACGCAAGUGGCAGCCCAACAGGAAUUAAAUAAAGCACAUGUAAUGGAUGAAUUAUUAAAUUCUCGUC